AAAAUUCCCCUUUUGUUAUUUUUUUUUUAAGUUUUGUUAUUUUUAUUUAAAAUAUUUACCCAUUUAAAAUAUAUUACGAAAAUUUUAAUAUAUAAUUUUAAUUCUACUUAAUUGGUAAAUUAAGGGUAGUUUGGUAUUUACAGGAACAAAAAUCUUAUUUUCAUAAAAAAUCUUCUACAAAUUUUAGUGUGACAAAUCCAAGUUCAAAGUGUCCUUUUUUCCCAAUUUUCUCUUUUAUAUAAUGUAAACUUUCUUAACUACCUAAAGUAAUAUCUUUAGAUUUACUUGUUUAUCAAGUUAGAGUCUUGAUCUUCAAGUUUUUUUUUAAAUCUUUUUUUUUUAAAUCUUUUUUUUUUAAAUCUUUAUAUAUGGGUUUAAGGGUUUUACAAUUUUGGUUUGCAAAUAUAUAUAUUGCUAUCUAACGUUUUUUCAACACACUUUCUUGUUGUGUUUGAAUCUUUCAACCACCUAAAAUACAGAUUAAUAAACUCAACCGACUAAAAGAAAAAAAAAACAUGAAAUUAAAUAGUUAUUACUAUCCACUCGGAUUUUUUUAUUUCAAAGGAUGGGUUGUCAUCAUUGUGACUAUUACUAUACAAAAGACAUGAAUUUUUUCAUUAUUUGAUUAGCAUGACUAUUCGAAAAAUCUUGCAAAUUCUUUUUGUAGUUACUAUAGUCAACCUAUUGAGUAAAAAAACUAUUGAGAAAGCUGAUGCAAGGUCCGAGAGUGUGCAUGGCCGCAUGGAAAUUGGAACUCGCGGACAAAUGCUGAUUUAUUUUUCUUUUUGGCAAAUAGGCUGAUUAUAUGGUUUUUUUUCCGACAAACGACUGAUUAGAUGUUUUUUUUGGCUGAUUAGAUGUUUUUUUUUUUGGUAAAAUGUAAAUAUAUUAUUACCAAUUUUCGUUUUUGACAGAAUUACAGAGAAUAACGCGAAGCAGAAAACAAGAAAAACUAAACAACGACUCAAUUUAGAAGCAAAAGCCAGACAAACACACUACCACAACUGCAGUCCCGGAGUCGACUAAUUCGCACCAACAACUUGCCGCAAAAAGAUGAACCAAGUUCAACCGAGAGCCGGAACCCGGUAAUUUUGACCUCCCCGAUGAAUCCACUCUUAAAGAUAAUGGCCCACCUGAGAACAGCUCGCCGAUAGCGUCAAAUCACCUGACCACAAAACAAACAGCAACAGCAGCGACCUAACACAGUUUCAACAACCAAAUCGAGCUUUUAUUUUGCCCGGAUGCGACAUGUACAUGGUGCCGAUCCGAGGAAAACAGGCCGCAACCUCUGUACUCCAUAACCUAAGCCCAACCUGCACACAAUUGCCUCCCUCACCACCACAAGAAGCUCAAAUAAGCCCAUGUAGUGCUGGGAUGUGAGCGAAGACCGAACGCAAGCUGUGACAGUCAAAGACACGAGAACCAUCACACGUCCGUAGCCAUCGAGAACCGACGAACUGAAACUGGAGCUGCUAAAGCCAUCGCUUGCACCAGCAAGCAUGAAAUGAAGAACAAGGCUAAUUCCCAACCGAAACCCACUGAAUUCGACAACACUACAAGAGGUGCCGACUUCGGAUAGAAUCAAGCCGGGAGAACAGAUCAUGAACCGCGAAGAGGAGGUUCGACGUGAGGAAGAAGAGCACACGGCCACUGAGACGGCAUAGACGACCAUCCUUUAAACCACGAGCUAGACCUUGCACGAGCCAGCCACUGAGCUUGAGCACCAACCCUACUGCGUGUUCAAACCCACAACCCGCCGCCGUGGUAGAAGGAUCCACCGGCACACACCACACCAAUAGAAAGAGAACCCGAGCUCAACGAAAAAACGAGAGCCGAGAAACUCGAUCCCAAGCCGAGCGACCCCUUGGACCUGUAGCGGCGAACCGCCGUUGACCCGUAGAAGCCACGCCGACCCUCCCACUCGAAGACAAAGGAAAGCUAGACGAGAUCAAACCGUGAAAAAUCGAUCUCGAUCCAACCCAAAAAACCGACUACAGCCACCACCAACCUCUUAACCCACUCGCCGAAACCAUAGAGAGACGGAGAGACCACCGGAGAAGAAGCGCCUCUGCAGCGGAGCACUCACCGGCGUCAAACCCUAGCCCACGACUCCGUGCAUAUCGAAGGUAAGAAGACUGGUGAAGCGGCGGCAGCAAAACGAGAAGGGCAAUAGAAAGAGGGCCUCCGGACGCCGGUACGCGCCGUCACACGCCGUUUGAGCUCCGGGGGAAUCAGAUCUCAGAAAGUCGUCUCCAAGAGAUAAGGUGGAGAGAGAAAAUCUAUUGUUCGGGUGUUUUAAGAUUCUGGCUGAUUAGAUGUUAGAGAAUGAUAUAUAUAUAUAUAUAUACUAGAAUCAAACUCAAAUAAGUGUGAAGCGUGAUGGAUUCCCGCAAAGUUCUAGAUGUUUAGUCUCAUGAAUUUGCACAUUUUCGGCCUAUAGUAUUUCAUAUAUAAUAUAAGGAGUAGACGUUGGACUUUAUUUAUGGUUACCCACGUGAUCAACCGGAUGAUUCAAAGACGACUUAAUCAAAUUAAAAUUAUUUUAAAGAAUCGCUAUAAAUUCCUGCACAUGAAUCCAUCAUCAACUUGCUCGUCUAAAUAUCACAAAACUAUGUUUAUAGAUAUUUAUAUCAUAGUUGUUGAAAUUAUAAUAAUAUCUUUUAGGAUGAUGGACCUUUUUCCCUUAUUUUAAUCCUUAAAACUACAGUAUACUAUUAACUUGCCAACGAACAUGAGGCAACGACUUCAUGAUCAUUAUUAUAGGAGAAAUGCUUAGCUCUUUGCAUCUACUAACAACAUGGCGACUUCCAAAUUUACCUUUUUCAUCAUCCUUUUUCUUUUAGGCCUUACUGAGAAAUCCUCGACCGCAUCGCGUAUAAACUCUCGCAAGAGUUGCAAUUUUCCGGCUGUUUAUAACUUUGGAGAUUCAAAUUCAGAUACUGGAGCUAUAUCUGCGGCUAUAGGAGAAGUUCCUCCACCAAACGGAGUUGCCUUCUUUGGAAGAUCUGCGGGGAGACAUUCUGAUGGCCGUCUCAUUAUAGACUUCAUUACCGAGAAUCUGACGUUGCCGUAUCUAACACCUUACUUGGAUUCGGUUGGAGCUAAUUAUCGGCAUGGGGCUAAUUUUGCGACUGGCGGCUCUUGCAUCCGCCCGACCGUUGCUUGUUUUAGUCAGUUCCAUCUUGGAACUCAAGUGUCCCAAUUCAUACAUUUCAAGACUCGCACAUUGUCUCUCUAUAACCAAACCAACCGAAAAACUCCAUUCUGCAAAGGAGUCCUUGCACGGCCUAAAGAUUUCUCAAAGGCUCUUUACACUUUCGAUAUCGGUCAGAAUGAUCUCGCCAUCGGGUUCCAAAAUAUGACAGAGGAACAACUCAAAGCAUCUAUACCGGCAAUCAUCGAAAGCUUCACUACUGCUAUAAAAUUGUUGUACAAAGAAGGAGCAAGAUUCUUCUCAAUUCACAACACCGGACCAACGGGCUGUUUACCCUAUCUUCUGAAAUCAUUUCCAGCUACACCUCGAGAUCAGUAUGGUUGCUUGAAGCCUCUAAAUAAUGUGGCAAUUGAGUUCAACAAACAACUCAAGCAGAAAAUCUCUGAACUGAACAAAGAGUUACCUUCUUCUCUCUUAACUUACGUUGAUGUCUACUCAGCUAAAAACCAUUUGAUCAUCAAAGCAAAGAAUCUUGGUUUUGUUGAUCCUUUUGAUUAUUGUUGCGUUGGGGCGGUCGGGCGUGGAAUGGGAUGCGGAAAGACAAUAUUUCCAAAUGGAACAGAACUUUAUAGUUCUUCCUGUCAAAACCGACAAAAUUUCAUAAGCUGGGAUGGUAUACAUUGCUCGGAAACCGCGAAUAUGCUAGUCGCAAAUCGGAUCCUCGAUGGAUCAAUAUCCAAUCCGCCUCUCCCAACCCAAAGAGCUUGCAAGCUUACGGAAAAUGUAGUUGGCAAAAUACGAAUUAAUAAAUGUUUAAGAAUAGCCGAAUGGUUUGAUUUUGCCGUUAUAAUCAUUGUCGACUGUUGGACGGUGUUUUUUUUUUUUUUUUUUAAUUCUAUCAUUAAGGAACGAAGAGAAUAUUAUCUAUUAUUUCCUCCGUUUCAAUUUUUUUUGUCAUCAUUCCCUCUGUUUCAAUAUAUAAGAUGUUUUAGAUAAGUUUUAUUAUUUCAUAUAUGAUAAUUGAACAAAUUUAUAUAUUUUUAGUUUUAUCAAAACAGUGUCGUUAAUUGUAUUUUUUCUUUCUAUUUAUAAUUAAGCAAAUUGAAUUUUAAUUAUGUUUGAAUGAUAUUUUGAUGUUUCAAAAUAUACGAUGUUUUCAUAUUUCAAUGUGUAGUUAAACUUUAUCAAAAACUAUGUAACCAAUGAUAUUUUGUAUUUUAUUUUGUAAUUGACUGAAUAAUUUGUAGUUUAUAUUUUAAUGAUAUUUUUUUAAAUAAAAAAAUAAGUUUUUUAAUAAUUAUGCAUUAACCUAAAAUUUCAUGUAUUUUAAAACAGAGGGAGUAGUUUUCUUAAUAUUUGUGCAUGUAUAAAAUAUCAUCUAAUAUGAAACAUCAUCAUUAUUCAAUACUCUUUCUAUUUCCAAAUAUAAGAUGUUUAAAGAGCUUUUAAUGUUUUGAUUUGUUAGAUGUUCCAUUAAUUAUUUAACAUUAUUAAAAAAUUUGUAACCAAUUUUAUUUAGUAGUCUAUUUUUUAUUUUGUUGAAUAUUUUAUAGUUAUCAUUUUAAUAUAUCUUUUAAAUCAAAAAAUAAUUUUUUCAAUAUGCGUGUUUUAGAUGAAACAUUUUAUAUUUAAAAACGGAGGAAGUAACUUGUUGGUUUAAUCAUUUUUGUUCUUUAUUUUCUUUUAACUCAAAGGGCAAUCAUCGGAAGCUUCACUACUGCUAUGAAUAGUGAUAUAUGGUGUUUUAUACAUCUUGUAUAUAUGCUUUUAAAUUGGUUUUCAAGUCUUUAUCGUGUCUUUCUAGUCCUUUUCGAGUCAUUACAGGUCUGGAGUUGCAUUGGAUGGGAGAUGGACCAGCUGGAACAAAAGAAGCAGCAAACAGUGCAAUUUGGUGGUUUUCACGCAGAACAGUCUUGAUGACUGUUCCAGAUAGCGGAGCAACCCGAGUGAUUGUUCCGAGUGAGUGUUCCAGCGGCAGAGAUUUUUAAGGAAACUACAAUCAUUACGGGAUUUGCCCUAAUUAUCCCUAUUUUCUCUCCCAGCCGCCUGUGGCUUUGAUAUAUCAUAUUUUAUGUUUCUCUUUAUCAUUCUACGCUGUUUUGGAGACAAGGAACCAAACCUUAGAGUUGGAGACUUGAGAUUCUGCUACUUUGUAAAGGGAGAAGGCCAUCUCUCUCGAUUUAGAGAAGAACCCCCUGAACCCUAUUACUUUAUUUCAGUCAUAUUUCAUGUUGCUUUA